UUGCGUUUUGUAGUUCCAUGGAUGGCAAACUCGGAAGAGAAAGGCUGUUUCUGUUAACUUGUAACCCUAUGAAGUAAGGAAGAUGAAGUCUAGAUUCAACAGUGUUGAUAUCAAAGCAAUCAUUUCUGAGCUCAACGACAGCUUGCUGGGAAUGAGAAUAAACAAUGUUUACGAUGUGGAUAAUAAAACAUACCUGAUUCGUUUUCAAAAGCCCGACGCUAAAGCAGUACUUUUACUUGAGUCUGGGAUCAGAAUUCAUACAACGGAGUUUGAAUGGCCCAAGAAUAUGAUGCCAUCUGGCUUUGCAAUGAAGUGCCGUAAGCACUUGAAGACUCGGAGACUUGUGAGUGUGAGACAGCUUGGUGUCGAUAGAAUUGUGGACUUUCAGUUUGGCUCUGACGAAGCUGCUUACCACAUUAUUAUUGAGCUUUAUGACAGGGGUAACAUUGUGCUCACAGAUCAUGAGUACACCAUUUUGAAUAUCUUGAGGUUUCGCACAGGUGAAAAGGAUGAUGUGAAAUUUGCUGUCCGAGAACGAUAUCCUGUAGAAAAUGUCAAAAGCCCUGAGCCACUCUGCUCUUGUGAAAGGCUUACUGAAAUUUUGUCAAGUGCACAGAAAGGAGAGCAGCUAAAGAGGGUUUUAAAUCCACAUCUUCCUUAUGGAGCCACAUUGAUUGAACACUGUCUAAUAGAAGUUGGAUUCUCUGGCAAUAUCAAAGUAGAUCAGAUUGAUAUUUCUAAAGAUGUAGACAAACUUCAUCUAGCUCUACAGAAGGCAGAGGAGACUAUGCAGAAUGCUGACACAUUUAAGGGAAAGGGUUACAUAAUUCAGAAAAGAGAAAAGAAACCAAGCUUGGAGCCAGGAGCACCUUCAGAAGAUUUAUUAACAUAUGAAGAAUUCCACCCAUUCCAUUUUGCCCAGCAUUUCAGUUGUCCUUAUAAAGAAUUUGAAUCUUUUAAUAAGGCGGUUGAUGAAUUUUAUUCUAAACUGGAAAGCCAGAAGAUAGAUGUGAAAGCAUUGCAACAGGAGAAACAAGCUCUGAAGAAAUUAGAAAAUGUCCGUAAAGAUCAUGAACAAAGACUGGAGGGUCUGACACAGGCUCAGGAAGUUGAUAAAGUGAAAGGAGAAUUGAUUGAGAUGAACCUUCAGAUUGUUGAUCGAGCCAUUCAGGUGGUCCGUAGUGCCUUAGCCAAUCAGAUUGAUUGGUCAGAAAUUGGAAUAAUUGUAAAGGAAGCUCAAGCUCAAGGAGACCCAGUUGCCUCUGCCAUUAAAGAACUAAAGCUUGCAACAAACCACAUCACCAUGUUACUUAAAAAUCCCUAUAUAAUAUCUGAUGAGGAGAAUGAGGAAAACAUCAAUGAAGAAGAUAAUAAAAAGGAAGAGCAAAAAGGCAAGAAGAAGAACAAAAAUAAAGUUCAGCAACACAAACUGCAGAAAAGUAAACCUGUCUUAGUUGACGUCGAUCUCAGCUUGUCUGCAUAUUCAAAUGCCAGAAAGUACUAUGACCACAAAAGACAUGCAGCCAAGAAACAACAGAAGACAGUGGAAUCUGCAGAAAAGGCAUUUAAGUCAGCAGAAAAGAAAACAAAGCAAACACUGAAAGAGGUCCAGACCAUCACCAAUAUACAGAAAGCAAGAAAAGUGUAUUGGUUUGAAAAGUUUUUGUGGUUUAUCACAUCAGAAAACUACCUUGUGAUAGCUGGAAGAGAUCAGCAGCAGAAUGAGAUGAUCGUUAAACGAUACCUCAGAGCAGGGGAUAUAUAUGUCCAUGCAGAUCUUCACGGUGCUACAAGCUGCGUAAUCAAGAACCCUUCAGGUGAGCCACUGCCACCUCGCAGUCUGACAGAGGCUGGCACAAUGGCACUGUGUUACAGUGCUGCAUGGGAUGCCCGCAUUGUUACUAGUGCUUGGUGGGUCUACCAUCAUCAGGUAUCUAAAACGGCACCAACCGGUGAAUACUUGACAACAGGAAGCUUUAUGAUUAGAGGAAAGAAGAACUUUCUUCCACCGUCUUAUCUUAUGAUGGGAUUUGGCUUUUUGUUUAAGGUUGAUGAAUCAUGUGUGUGGAGACAUAACGGAGAACGGAAAGUAAAAAUUCAAGAUGAAGAUCUCGAGACACUAACUAGUAACACCUCUGAACUUGGAUUAGAGGAAACUGAAUUGUUAGGUUCAGAGGAAGGCAGCAGUAGUGAUGAAGACCGAGAGGAAAAAGAGAGUUUUCAAGAACCCGAAAUGGAAGAAUCUGAGCUCAAUAGUAGCCCAAGCGAAGAACUUACAGAAGUGGAAAUGAAGCAUUCUGAUCAUCUGGGAACAGAAAAGCAGGUCACACUUGAGGAUAUAGUGGAGGAAGAGAGUGAAUCAAGUGAAAGUCCAGAAUUUCUAAUCUCAAAGACUGAAGCUCGUGAAGGUAAUGAGGAUGAAGAAUUCAGUUUUCCAGACACUGCAAUUGAUCUUUCUCAUCUCCAUUUGCAAAGGUCUUUGCAAGUGGAAAAUUCAGUCAAGAAAGAAGUUUCAAACCAGACAGUUGAGAAAUCACAAGGUCGGAGACAUUUAUCAGCAAAGGAAAGAAGGGAAAUGAAGAAAAAGAAUUUGCAAGUUGCUGAUGAUGAUGAUUUAGAGCCAACAGCACAGACCGAAAAUGACAGCCAAAGUCCUGCACAUGCUUCUACUCAGCAGCCUGUCAAAAGAGGCCAGAAGAGCAAGCUGAAGAAAAUCAAAGAGAAAUACAAGGAUCAAGAUGAGGAAGAUCGUGAACUUAUGAUGCAACUUCUUGGGUCUGCUGCAUCAAAUAAAGAAGAUAAAGCAAAAAAAGGAAAAAAGGGCAAAAUGAAAGAACCAGUAAAGAAACAACAAGGGAAGACCAAGAGUACACAGAAGGCUUCACUGGAUAAAGGAACAGAGCAUAUCUAUGAGGAAGCUUCAGACAUUGUCACUGAAGAACAAGAAGAGAAGGACCAUGAAGAACAAGAUCUUGAACAAAAAGGCCCUGAGGAAGGAGAAAACCUGUUAGAUUCUUUAACAGGGCAGCCUCAUUCUGAAGACAUCCUUCUUUUUGCUGUUCCAGUUUGUGCCCCAUAUACAGCUAUGACAAACUACAAAUUCAAAGUCAAAUUAACUCCAGGAACACAAAAGAAAGGGAAAGCGGCUAAAACUGCUUUGAACUGUUUCAUGCAUUUCAAAGAAACAUCAUCAAGAGAAAAAGACUUAUUUCGGAGUGUGAAGGAUACUGAUCUGUCAAGAAAUAUGCCUGGCAAGGUUAAGGUAUCGGCACCUAAUCUUCUAGCAACAAAGAAGAAGUAAUACUGUGCAAAAUUUGCAGCACCUAAAAUCUUCUAGCAGCAAAGAAGUAAUACUGUGCAAAAUUUGCAUUUCAUAACUAUGUAUUCUGCAGCUAACUGCCAUCAUGGAAGGAGAUUCUUUACCCAAGUUCCCUAAGGUGGAAUUGAAUAAACAACAUUAAAUGAAAGUGCAAUUAAAAAUACUGUAGAUGGAAUGGGAAUAAGUUAUAAGAUGGCAAUUAAGUAGGUAAAAUCAAAUCUGAAUAUAAGCAGUUUAUUUUGCAUUUCUAAAGUUUGUAAGCUACAUGAUCAUAAACAUAUGCUAAUGUACAGUAUGAAUUCUGAUAUUGUUUAUUUCUGGUCCUGUAUAUUCACAGCUGUUUAUACAUUGUAUGAAAGCAUGUAAUUAGUUGUAAAAUAAUAAUUGGAUUGGAAUGUGAAAAACCUCUGGUUAAUGUUCUAAAUUUAAUGCUAAUCACUGCUGAUGGUUUUCUAAGUAAAUCGGUAACAAAAAGGA